AUGCCUCCCGUCGGCGCGCAAGUUGGUGCCCCAGGUGCUCCUGUUUCCUGUUUUCAAAAGAUAAAAAUGGGUUUUAUGAUGGGAUGCAUGAUUGGAGGUGCAACUGGAGUUUUAAUUGGAGGAUUUUCGGCUUUACGAAUGGGGUACAGGGGGAAAGAAUUAGUGAAAGCUGUUGGUAAAACGGUAGCACAAUCAGGGGGAUCUUUUGGAGUUUUCAUGUCCGUUGCGCAAGGAAUACGUUGUUGA